AUGAGGCGAGUAAUUUUGUCUGGCAACAGAGCAUUGAGUUACAGUGCUGCUUGUCACGGCUACGAUUUGUUUAAACUCAAAGAGGUGGUCUUGAACUCGAGCGCCCCGGCAGUGAAGACCUCAUCGGUAGAAAAUGAGGUCAACUUGGGUGAACUCGCCAACCCAUCCAAAUCUGGUGGCAGUAAGAAGAAGGAUGUUACACGCUCUUCGUUGAGACCAAAGUGGGCUAGUCUGAACUACUCAAUGAAUGAAGGGUAUGUGAAACCAACAGCUCUUCAACUGGCCUCAAGUAACCGUUUCUUUAAUACUGUCAAUGCGAAGUAUGAAUGGAGCGUGAAUCAGUUCACCGAUAUUCCAAGUGAGAAAGCUAGAAUGAAGGUUGCUGAACGAGAAGAGAUUGGCAUUGCUUUGCCGGAGUCCUCCAAGAAUAAAAUGUACAAAGGUAGAACAGGAGUGCCAUUUGAGCUGAUUAAUGGGCUGCCCGAGGUUGUCUUUCUGGGACGGUCUAACGCCGGGAAAUCUACUAUUCUGAACAGUUUAACUACGCAGCUUAAGCAGAGACGGCUGGUGGAGGCAGCUAAGACAUCCAAGAAGGCCGGGUUUACCAAAACGCUGAACUGUUUCAACAUCGGUAAAAAGUUCAGGCUUAUAGACACGCCAGGGUAUGGCCACAAUAGCACCGAUUUACAAGGAACAAUGACAAUGGACUAUCUGGAGAAUCGAAAAGAGUUGGUGCGAUGUUACCUGCUGAUCUCUGGGAAUCAAGGUUUUGCACAAUCGGACUAUGACAUUAUAGAAGCUUUGAUGGCGAUAGGCAGACCGUUCGAUCUUAUAUUCACGAAAAUGGAUAAAGUGGUCCAUCUCAGCACAGUUAUGAGGUACAUCGAUGACAAAGGUAUUAGACAUUUACCGAGUUUGCCCAAACUAAUAUUUACUAACUCGGUUGUUUCUCAAGAGUGCCCGAAGCGUUACGGUAUUGACUAUCUCAGGUACAGUAUAUUAGAGAAUUGCGCGUUACUGUAA